AUGGCCCGUGGACACCAGAAAUUACAAUCGCAAGCUAAGACACAGGAAAAGGCAGCAAAGGCAAAAAAGGCACAAGGACACAACGCUAAUGAACAAAAAAAGGCAGCUCAAAAAGCUCUUGUGCACAUCUGUACAGUGUGCAAGGCUCAAAUGCCCGAUCCCAAGACCUACAAACAGCACUUCGAAAACAAGCACCCAAAGUCAGAACUACCGGCCGAUCUCAAAGAUGUUUAGCUCAUUCAUUAAAAAACUUUUUUUUUACAUUUUCUUUCAUUAUAGAAACAAAAUAAUCAUACUUAAAUAAUUUCUACAAUGUACUUCAUAGGUGUGUAUUCCUCACAGGUUCUCACGCCUUUUUUAUAUUCCUUAUAAUCACUCCCCUUACAGUUCACACAUCGUAACCUGCUCCCUAAAUUACAUUUAUUGCUAGAAAUAUAAUAGAUACAGCAAUUUUGUAAAGAAAAUGAAGAAAAAACCGUGAGAAUUAAAAAAAAAAUUAUUUUUAAAUUGAGUUUAGUUUAAUUUAAAAUCAGAGAUAUAAGAAUUAUGCAUACAUGUUAAGCAUUAAGUUCACUUAUUUAUAAGGGGGUUUCUCAUGAAAAUAUUCUUAUCUAUACACUCUCUAUAAUAUAUCCCAUUCAGUAGAUAACAAUAUCCUACCCAUAGCGAUGUGGGUAGCAAGAAAUCUGUUCUCUAACUUCCAAUGAUUUGUCACAUCCCCGAAACGUGCUUUCAAUCCAGUGUAUACUUAUUGGAAUCCCGCGGUACACAUGGAACGACUAGGUAAGAAGUUUUAUUAUAUCCAGUGUGUCUCAGAGCACUCUCGUCAUGAAAACCAAUAAAACUUUCUUGGUGAUUUCUUUAAACUGAAAUAAAUUAUAAAAAAUAUUA